GCGCUGAAGGUGACGGAUGUGUUCCGCGCGCAUCAUGCGCAUGUUCAGUUCUGGAGAAAUAAUCCCUCUGGAAUAAAGCACCGGCUGGGAAACAUGUGCAACAUACGCAGAGGUUCCUGCCUCGUUAGGGAAGGAAAGUUCUGGGGUUUUUGGAUUCUCCUACUGUACACAAGUCCUCUAUCCUGCUUUUCAAAGUUCAGCCAUCUUGUCUAUAAGAUAAAGGAAGGCUUACCCAAGGGGAUUCUCAUCGCAUCUAUUGGAGAAGAUUUAACGUUGGAUUUCUCUGUCGUCCCCCCUCGUUUGUUCCAUCUGGAGUUAAGGCAGAGUGGCUCUCAGUAUGUUAAUCUAAGUGAUACAACCGGGGAGCUAUACACGUCUGCUUUGGAGAUUGACCGAGAGACUCUAUGUGCAGAUUCCUACGAGGGACAAGGAUGCACUAUCUCUCUGGACAUAAUUAUUCUGCCACAGCAGUACUUCCAGCUGGUUAAGGUCAAAAUCGUCAUUGAAGAUAUUAAUGACAACAAGCCAUAUUUCCCAGUGGAUGAGAUCAGCGUGUCUGUGCCGGAAAAUGCACCGGUCAAUGCUCGGUUUGUGGUAGAGCAACCUGCUGUAGACCCAGACAUAGGCAUUUAUGGGGUCCAGACAUACUGGCUGGCCAAUGACUUUGGAGUUUUCACACUGGAUGUUGAGCAAAAUGAAGGGGGAGAGUUGACACCUUUCCUGAUCAUUACUGGGCCUCUGGACAGGGAAACACAAGCGGAAUACAUAACUGACUUCAUCGCUGAGGAUGGAGGCUCUCCACCAUUUUUGGGCACUGCCACGCUUAGAAUUAUCAUCACAGAUGUAAAUGACAAUUGCCCCAAAUUCAGCGAGACUCAAGUGAAUGUGACAGUUUCUGAAAACACCACAAAGGGCUCACCGUUGGCCCGUCUCUAUGCCUUUGACCCAGAUCAGGGUAUCAAUGCUCAAAUUACUUACGCUUUCAGUAAACGGGUCACCCGAGAAACUAGGAACCUGUUUCGUUUGGAUGAGAUCACAGGGGUCAUCAAGCUAGCUGAAAAGAUUGAUUCUGACACUGGAAAGUUGCACAAGCUGGUUGUGCUGGCUAACGGGCCAGCUUGCAUACCUGAUAUUGCUACCGUCACUGUGAAGGUUGUUAAACAAGUUUUGGGACCCCCAGCCAUCAUACUCCGUUACAUUGCUUCAGAGAAAGAUGGUGUGGUUUCUCUGAGUGAAUCAGAGCCACCCUUUACACCUAUUGCUUUCUUCACCAUCAAGAAUGCCAACCCAAGGAAGAAGACGACAUGCUUUUUGCAAGGGUCUGGACCCUUCAGGCUCUUGCCAUAUAAAAAUUUGAAAAAUGAGUACUUGCUGGAGACUACUGAUCAGUUGGAUUAUGAAGAGCAGAAACAUUAUGAACUCACUGUGGUGGUCAGAAACACUGAUGGUGUGCUUGUUGAGACACAGGUGAAGGUGCAAAUGUUGGAUGAUAAUGACAAUGCACCCAUAUUUAAGCAGUCUGUUAUUGACAUCAAGAUUGAGGAGAACAAUGCUCCAGAAACAUUUCUUACUAAACUUCAGGCCACUGAUGAAGACAGUGGUAACAGGGGUGAGGUACUCUAUCUUCUUGGGUCAGAUGCUCCCCCAAUCUUCCACCUUGAUCGGUUGACUGGGAUCUUGACCUUGAUCACAUCUCUUGACAGAGAGGAGAAAGAGACCUACCGGUUUAUAGUCCGAGCAGUUGACUGUGGCACGCCAAGGAAGGAGUCAAUUGCCACAGUUUCAAUCACAGUGCUGGACCGCAACGACAAUACUCCUCAUUUCAUCAACAAAGAUUUCACCUUCUUCAUCCCAGAGAACUUCCCAGGAUUUGGGGAGAUCGGAGUGCUGUCCGUCACAGAUCCAGAUGCUGGGGAAAAUGGCUGGGUGGCACUAUCAAUCAUCAAUGGAAGUGACAUAUUUGUCAUUGACACAGGACGGGGGGCAUUGAGAGCAAAGACCCCACUAGACAGGGAGCAGCAAGGAACGUACUAUCUCUGGAUUGAAGCUGUGGAUGGGGGUAAGCCUGCUCUGUCCUCUGUCACCAUGGUUACUAUUUUGCUCCUGGAUGUCAAUGACAACCCACCAAUGGUGCUGUUUCCCCAGUCCAACCAGUCCUACUUGCUGGUUCUUCCCAGUACACUCCCAGGAACAUCCAUCACAGAGGUCUAUGCUGUGGACAGGGACACUGGCAUGAAUGCUGUCAUUGCUUACAGCAUCAUCAAGCGUCGGGGUGGUGAACCAGGCUCAUUUGACAUCGACCCGGAUACAGGAAACAUCACCCUCAAGAAAGUCUUGAGUGACCGGGGUCUGUACAGCCUCCUGGUCAAAGUCAGUGACCAUGGCCAACCUGAACCACUCCACUCCACUGUUAUGGUCAACUUGUUCGUCAAUGAGACCAUCAGCAAUGAGACAUACGUUCAGAGCCUCCUGACCAGAGAGGCAGAUAUCGGGAUCGAGGAGGUCAGGCCACCAAACAGACUCGCCCAGAGGCCAGAGUAUAACGAACUCUUCCCCUGCAAGCUGUUACUUAUUGCCCUUAGCACCACGUGUCUGGGACUUCUCCUCAUAGUGGUGUCACUGACUGCAUAUAUAUGCUGUCAGAGGCAAAAAAAUCAUAAAAAGAAGAGAUCGGAAGUAGAGAUCCCUUUAAAAAUGAAUGGUGAUAGGCAAGCCAUGGACAGGAAACUCAUGGAAAUUUCGAACAUAUGACCAUGGGCCUCUCAAUAAACUGUCUACAAAUGUAAAAUGUGCAGCUUCUCCAGACAAACAAGUGGAGUAUAAACUGAGGAAAUUGUGUAUAUAUUGUAUAUUUGAUGUUUUGUAAUUUUAUGACAAAAAGAAAAUAUAUUUAAAAAAAUGCUAAAAAAGGUUACGUCAAAAGUGUGUCUAGUUUUGCAAACCCACAUUUUCUCAAAUGCUUGAUUAUAUGAAACUGUAAUUUAUUAAGUAAUUUACUAAGUAGUGCCCUCAGCAAAGUGUCAAACUGCACAAUAUUUUUGUUUCGCCACUUACAGUAAUUGUUAAAAUCAUUCUCUAUUCUCCAAACACAGUGUUGUGUUUUAUGAAUAUUGAAUAUGAAAAACAGAAAUAUCACUGAGUGAUAAGCAGAAAUGCUUACAACAUUGAAUUCAUUAGACUGAAUUCAUUAGUGAAUAUACUUCAUGCAUUUUGUUUGGGAUAAAGGAUACAUCUAUCAUGUUAGACUCUGGUGCACUGACUUUUUAGUGCUAGUCUGAUGAGCACCUGGAUUUCCAACGUCAGCUUGGUUUAUUAGAGUAUGUAAUGAGAAUUUCAGAUUCUCCAUCCUUCUGUACCAAAAAAGAAAUGUCUACGUUUACAUGCAGCAUAAUAAUGCGACUAGUAGCUCAAUUGGAAUAUAAAUCAAUUGUGGUCAAUCUGGAUGAAAUUUCUAUCUGAUUCAAAGACGAGGAAGAUGUAAACUUUGGUAAAUUGGUGUCAUACUGGCUAAGAAAGCAAAUUUCAUUAUUUUAAUUAUUUCAUUAAAUUCUUAAAUAUUUAAGAGGUUGAAUGAGGUCUAAGAUGGGUCCUCUGCAAAUAUUUAACAGUUAUUCCAUGAAAUUGAGUCGUACAUGAGCUGAUAGCCAACGAGGUGCAUAGCACUGAGUGGAAUAAUUGUUUUAUUCUAUCCACAUUCACUGGAUUUUGAGAAACAGAGCAUUUUUAUUUUUUGCAAAUUCGAUAAAUAAAAACUUUAUACAAAACGUCCGACAAAAUCAUUUCCGCUUAGAAUGUAAACAAACCGGCGAAAUGACAGGAGCAAUUUGUGAAAAACGCUAUAAUAAUAAUAAUUCUUGAAAAAUAAAGAUACGUUCUUACCAUCGAAUACUUUUAUUCCAUAUUUUGUUGCCUUUUUUUAAUUUUUUGGGGGUUUUGUUUUCGAGUAGCAUUUUUAUUUCAUCCUCGGUUGGUUCAGCAACACGCGUCACCAUUUUGUUUUUCUCUACAAACAGUAUAGAUGACUUGCAACCGCAUGAUCAAAAUGUGCUACGUCAUGAGCAUCCGCCAUGAUGGUGGAUAUACAAAGCAACUAGGAUGGCUGCCGCUGAAAGCGUCUGUAAACAAUGCUGAAUUUUCUCAGUAUUACCACGAUUUGAAUGGUCGAGCGAAGAUUCGAUACAAAGAGAAGGUAGAUAUGUGUGGUUUUGACCCAUAUUAUUUAAAAAAGUCCGACUUUUCUGAACAUAAGACGCUUCUACCAACCAUCGAGUACCCAGAUAUAUCGCGUUCUAUCUGGUUCGGCUGCUGAAGAAUCAAGUCCGACCUUGGACGAAACGUAGCCCAUUUUCUGACUGGGAGCCCAGUCUGGAUUGUUUCUAUCAUAUAAUUUUGCUGGCGCUCCUAGAAGCGAAAUGCUAAUACACGUGUUAAAAUUAUAACGAUGACUGAGUGAACUACGAUAAGAGAACGCUCAUUUUAUAGCAAAAUUCUAGCAACAUGAAAUAAAAUUCUUUCAUGAUAUUAUCGAGAAAGCUUUUGAAUCUCACCUGAGAUAAAAUGAUCACUGCAAACACGAGCUGUUUUGGUUUUAGCCUCUGUUAGAUAAAUAUUGAUGGGGUCAAAAUUGGAACAGGUGUUUGAAUUUGCACACCUUGGCUUCAGAAUUAAAGAAGAUGGAGACUGUUACAAAGAAGUAACGGCACGUUUGGGACUUGGAGCAGCAGUAAUGUCAAAGUUAAAUACUAUAUGGAAGAAUAGAGGAAUUAGCAUAGCAACAAAAUACAGAUUGGUAAAGGCACUUGUCUGGCCGGUGGCAACAUAGGAUUGUGAAGCUUGGGUAAUCAGGAAGAAUGAAGAGAAAAGAAUUGCUGCGUUUUAAAUGAGGUGCCUGAGAAGAAUGAUGAGAAUACCAUGGACAGCAAAGGAAACAAAUGAAAAUGUUUUCUGAGAGGCUAAAGUCGAUCGUCAACUGCUGGAAAUGGCUAAAAUGUCUCAAGACAGUCUGAGUCAUUAGAGAAGGACAUUCUAUUCGGCCUUCUAAAUGGAAAAAGAGGAAGACCAAGAAGAUGAUGGAUGGAUGACAUCGUCACGUGGACAGCGCUGUCGGCGCCAGAUGCAUAUAGAGCGACAAAAAAUAGAACAGCUUGGAAGCAAAUCGUGGACACUGCAGCCCACCGUCGGAACGAUGAUAUGGGCAAAUGAUGAUGAUGAUGAGAUCAGCCCUGCCGAUGUUGUUCAGCCGUGCUCGUCUCUUCUCUGUACUAAGCCUCAGAGUUUCCUCGCUCUCUUUCCGAAUAACGGACGGAAUUCUAAAAAAUCGGAACGUGCCACGGUCACGAGUACUGUUGUGACUACAACCAUAUACAGCACAAAGAUAUGGCAUAGCUAAAAGAACGCUUAAAGCAGUGAAAAACAAAGAGUUGGCACGUGUAACUGUUUUGUAUGGAAUGUCGCUUGACUUCGCAUUUGUAUCUCCACCAAUAUGGCCAACAUCCAGGUUUCUAUUUUGCUUUAACAAAACUUGCAAGUCAAGGAUAUGAGCUGAUAUCCUAGUAGUAGAGUAGCCAAUCAGAGUGUGUGAUUGCUCAUAUCCAGCGAAUGUGAAUAGAAUAAUUUGAAUUAUGUAAGUCUCAGCUAGAUGGACAAUUUGGACUUGUUAGAAACAAGCAAGGUGAAGGAGAGCUCGGUUAACCCAGUGAACUAACAUUAGCUUCCUGUUCACUCAAUAUUCUUCUCAUUGUUGUUAUAAUGUUGUGAACUGCAACUCCUCGAGUACAUGCAAAUUUGGUUCAACUUACAUGUAAAUGGAUAUUUUCAAUGGACAUCUGCCAAAGUUUAGGAGGAUAAACUUCAUUCAGCAUCUGCAUUUGGAAAGAAUUUCAUUCAGAUUGACGAAAAUCAUUGCAUAUGAACAUAGCCAAUGAUUCGUUCCGAGACCUCACGACCUUGUGGUGUGUAAGUAAAGUGUACAUGCAUAUUAAAGUGCUCUAUUUUCUUACCACAA